CUACCACACCGAAAAAAAUCGGCCAUCCAUUUCAUUUUCAAGAAAGGCUCUUUACAUAUAUUUAUAUUCAAUACAAGGCCCAUAUACCCUCUCAAAUGAAUGAUAACAAGAUAACAAAUCACAACCUUUGAAAAGUUCUCUAUCUGUGGUCGGAGAAUUACACUAUUCACAUUCGCUGAUCACAACGACAACCAAAUGUCGCCCAUCCCACUCUGGAAACAAGUCCCUCAGCCCAAAAGCUCAAUCAUCAAUCACUCAUCCCUGAUCGACAAGCUCACUGGAUUCGACAUCUCUGCUUAUUUUGAUCCGCCAAAAACUAAGCCGAUCCCCCGUCAGGUCUCCAUCAACUUACCCCUUCCGCCAUCUGCGUGGAAAUCAAACAAGAAUGGCCAGCUGCUUGUUGGUAAGCCCACCGAGGCUUGGGAACAUCCAAACAAUCAAAUCCAAACUGCCAAAUAUUCCCUUUUGACUUUCAUUCCUCGUAAUCUCGCCGAACAGUUUCGAAGAAUAGCCAACGCCUUCUUCUUACUUAUUGUUAUUCUUCAAUUCCUGCCCCAAUUCUCUCAGCUUUCCCCAAUCCUUGGCGCGCUCCCACUCUUGAUCGUCCUCGCUAUCACGGCCGUCAAAGAUGCCUAUGAGGACGUCCGGCGUCAUGCGGCCGAUCAUAAGACCAACCAUCAACUCGUAGAUAGAAUCUCUCAGGAGAUUUACUCAAACCAGAACAUCACUAAGCCUUAUUCCAGUGGAUUUAAGUUGACCUCGCUCUUUAAUCUUUUGGGGGAGAACAACCCCGAGCCGAUGAAGACAAACUUCCCAAAGCGUCAUUGGUGGUCUCGCCGUCGCCCAAUUCCACCCUCGGCGGUUUCCCGAAAUUCAAAACACUCCACCUCGCAGGUCGAAGAGGACAAUUCUAAAGGAUUUGUACCGACGGCCUGGCAAGACCUGCGUGUGGGUGAUUUUAUUCGAUUGAAGAAUGAUGACCCAGUGCCCGCAGAUGUGAUCAUAUGCGCGACCUCUGAUCCAGAGGAAAACGUGUGCUUCAUCGAGACGAAAAAUCUGGACGGGGAGACCAAUCUCAAGUCGCGACACGCGCUUCCAUCCCUCAGUCAUCUUCGAUCCGCCUACCAUUGCGCUAAUGCCGAUCAGCCCGAAUGCCGAUUCAUCGUCCAAAACCAAGCCCCCAAUCCGGAUCUGUUCUCCUAUUCGGCUGCAAUCGUCUUCCCUGAACUUGCUCGUCGCGUCCCCGUCAGCCUCCAGUCCGUCCUCCUCCGUGGGACUGUGCUCCGAAAUACCGAGUGGGUCAUCGGCCUCAUCGUACUCACCGGGCCAGACACAAAAGUCAUGCUUAAUUCCAAGGGAACUCCGUCCAAGCGCUCAAAGGUCGAGCGCCAGAUGAAUCCUAUGGUUUUUAUCAAUCUCGCCAUUUUGGCAUUCAUGUGCAUUUUCAAUGGAAUAGGCACCCGUAUUGCCGAGAGCUAUUUCUACAGCCGAGACUCAUAUUGGACCACAGGUUCGGACCUGCCCGAUGAUAAUCCCCGAAUCAAUGGGUUGAUUGGCUUUGCCAAUGCAUUGGUCACCUACCAAAACAUUGUUCCGAUCUCGCUCUACAUCUCCAUCGAGUUCGUCCGCACCCUCCAGGCUUACUUCAUCUGGGCUGACGACGACCUCGAGCUCAAUGGCCGGCGAACUUUGGCCCGGGCUUGGAAUCUAUCCGAUGAUCUAGGACAAAUUAAAUACAUCUUUAGUGAUAAGACUGGCACAUUGACUCAGAAUUUAAUGCAAUUCAGGAAAUGUACGGUUGGCGGGAUCAUCUACCAAGGAUCAAAUGAGCUGGGAGUAAUUGGCGAUGAAGAUAUAAAAAGACCGAAAAAUCUUGAUCCAAGAGAUACUGAAACUAAGGAGUCGGAUGAGCUACAACCAUCUCAUAUCAAAGGAGAAACCAUCUCUUCUGGAAAACUGCAUCCGCAGCUCGAGCCAUUCACGGAUAAUAAGCUCAUGGAAGAUUUACUCAAGGUGGAGACCGAUCAAUCUGAACUGCUCCGACAAUUUUUUACUUGCCUCAGUUUGUGUCAUACUGUUUUGGCUAGUGAAGACUCGAACGGCUCUAUUCAAUACAAGGCCCAAUCACCAGACGAAGCAGCGCUAGUCCAAGCCGCAGCUGACGCCGGCUUUGUGUUUAGAGGCCGAGACAAGAAUGUUGUGAGGCUCCAGCUGCCAUCCGGCUUGGGAAGAUCCCGGCCCAAAGAAGUUGAUCAGGAGCUAGUACUAGAAGAAGCCAAUAUCCAACCGCCAAACACCACAGAGCACUGCGCAACAUGGGGGAUGGAUGAAGAGUAUGAGCUUUUGGAAGUCAACGAAUUUACUAGUUUGCGAAAAAGGAUGAGUGUGGUCGUCCAAAAACUAGACAACCAGCAGCCGAUCCCAGGGGAGCUAUACCUGUUCGUCAAAGGGGCCGACAAUAUGAUCUUUGAGAGACUGGCCCCGGGGCAGGAAGCCGUCCGAGACCAGAUCGACACGCAAUUAGAAGGCUUUGCCGCCGAGGGUCUUCGGACGCUCUGUCUUGCAUAUCGCAAACUCGAGCGGAGCCAACUCGAGGCUUGGUCGUGCAGAUAUUCGCAGGCGCUCAGUCAGCUCGGAGAGACUCGGGAAAGAUUGAUCGAGUCGGUCCAAGACGAAUUGGAGAAGGAUUUGAUCUUCCUCGGCGCAACCGCUAUCGAAGAUAAGCUUCAGGAAGGCGUCCCAGAAGCAAUUUCUGAUCUCAAACGCGCGGGUAUCAAGGUCUGGGUAGCAACUGGUGAUAAAUUGGAAACAGCAGUUGCUAUCGCAAAGUCUUGUCAGUUGAUCGGAAGCGACAUGAAUUUGAUUGUGGUGAGAGGCGACGCGUACGGUCAAAAAGCCUCAGCCUAUGAGCAGAUUCGCAAGUCGUUGAUCAACUUUUUCGAUGGGGAGGAGCUCGUGGAUGAUCUCAAAGAGCUUCCCCCACAUCACGAAAGGAGGAGAUCGAUGCAAUCACUGCGUAGACCAUCGAUGGCCAAUUCGAUGAAUGAUGACCUCGCCUCACUCGUUGGUGAAGGCAACGGGAACCGGGCCGGAGGGUACGGACUGGUGAUUGAUGGGCCGUCGUUGAACCAUGCGCUGGAAGAGAAGUUCACCAGGGAGGCGCUUCUGGAGCUGUCGACGAGAUGCGAAGCCGUGAUCUGUUGCAGGGCCUCUCCGAAGCAGAAAUCAGAGCUCGUCAAAUUGAUCAAGGAGGGAACCCAAGUGCUCACCUUGUCGAUUGGCGAUGGCGCAAACGAUGUCUCGAUGAUCCAGACCGCCGAUAUCGGCAUCGGCGUCCUGGGCGAAGAAGGAAUGCAAGCCGUCAACGCCUCCGAUUAUUCGAUCUGUCAAUUCAAAUUUAUCACUAAAUUGUUGUUUGUCCAUGGCCAUUGGUCCUAUCAUCGAAACUCCAAGAUGAUCUUUCAUUUCUUUUAUCAACAGAUCAUUGGUAUCAUUCCUCUGUUUCUUUAUCAAUUCUGGUGCGCUUAUUCUACUACUACUUUGUUCGAAUAUACGUAUGUGCUGCUCUACAAUGUCAUUUGGACCUUGCUGCCGGCCGUAGGGAUGGGCGUGUUUGAUCAGGAUGUAAGAGAGAAAGUUCUGAAACAGGUUCCCGAACUAUAUUCCAUAGGAAGAGAAGGAAAAUUAUUCGGAGUCAAAAGAUUUAUAAUCUACAUGCUCGAAGGCACUUAUCAAGGCGCAAUAAUUUAUAUCAUCCUAGCCCUUACUUAUAACUCUAAUUCCACAAGGCCGGAUGGAUGGGAUACUUCGAUGGACGAGUUUUCUAGUGUCGUGAUCGUCUCGAUCAUCCUAGCUUGUAAUAUGUUCAUUGCCCUGGGCCAGCUCAACUGGAAUUGCGAUAAAUCCCGAUCAGAUGUGAGUUCUCUGAGAAUCCACAUUGGACAACAGUCUAUGGAAAUAACGAUUUCAUCUGGCCCAGCGCCCUCUUUCUGGUUCGGACUUAUACUCUCAAUCGUCACAUCUCUUUUGCCUCGGUAUCUCAUGAAUUAUUACCAAAGCACUUAUCAUCCAACUGAUAUACAAAUCUUGAGGGAAGUCGACAUCCGGAAUCCUGGAAUAGAUUUCAAGGUGGAUGAUCGGAUAAACCUGACGAGGGAGCGGAACUCAGACGAACGUAUCCAAUCACGGCGUGGCCCAGAAAAGGAAGUCCAGAAAACCACCGACGGGGCAAACGAUGAAAAACAGCCCCUGGGAAUCUAUGCUGAUAGUUAUGUGAACAUAAGCGGGCCGGACUUGAUUCGGUCGAGAAACUCCUUGACUCUUGAUAUGGCCACCGGCCAAUCAUCCACUGUCGAAAGAGGCUUCAACUUCGACCAAGCCGACGGAGUGGGUGAGCGAGCCGUGGGCGCUAGGUUGAGAAGAUUCAAUUCGAGCGUAAUGAGCCUAGCUAGUCCUACAGAAGGAAGAGAAACGCCUACCUUAAGUCAGCUAUUCUCGCGAAGUGAUUAUGAGAUAGGUCAUCUCAACCGGAGUGUCGCAACAGAUUUUUGCAAUGAAAUAUCAGAAACUCUGGAUUUGGGAAAUCCUGAUUUUGCUUCGAGUGACCGACGUCAGUCUUAUGGACAAGCGACGUCGAAGGUCAGUCACAAGCGACAUUCAAGCAGUGAGAGCUACGAUCCAUCAAGCUACCAUCUGGCAAACCAAGUUGGCCCCCGGCAUCUGUUCCAAAACUACAGAAUUCAAGCGCAAUACGAUGCGCCAGACUCGCGCCCGACGAUGGAUCCCCUUCGUCGGAGAACUGUCUCCGACCUCCCGGCCACCGGAAUCUCGCCGCAAACCUACGAUGAUCCGACUCAAGGCUCUGAAAGAAACUCGCAGGACGGAGGAGAUCCACACAGUCUCAAUCCAACCCAAUGUUCGAUCGCUUCAGAUUCGAUCCAAGAUGGAAGCAGGAAGAGUCAAGAACUCGAGAUGAUCCGGGAGGAGGUCACCCGAAACGAUCGCAAUGGGAAGAGGAUCAGACGCAAGCCGGUCCCGACUUAUUGCGAACCAGCUCACGAUGCGCCAGGCGCGGACGACGUUGGUCGAUGUAUGAUAUCAGAAGAAGCACGCGGACACUGAAAUCCACUUCGAAAGAUGAGGUUUAAUGGUAAUUAACAACCAAUAAAUCCCAUUUGUUUUGCUUACAUUUUCAAUUCCUGUGGAAAAACUUGAGGAACUUUAGGACUGUAAUUCGAGAUUGGAAGUCGAUUCUGGACACUUGAUCCAACUGUGUCUAUUUAUCUUAUUUAGAACAUUUUUUUAUGUAUGUAGUUGAGAAUGUGAUUACAUCUUUCUGGUGGUUGGAUUUAUG